AUGUGCCUAUCAGAGGAGAACCCGACGGUCUCCCUCGCUUGCCUGAAUCGCCUGUACUCUGUUGCGAGGGCGCCAAUCAGACCCCCUCGCGGCACGGAGUGUCUCGGGCGCAAUGCAGCGGUCAAAGUACGCUACAGAUUGCAGCUAUCCUACCGCGUACGACGUAGGGUUCGGGGUAUGUGCAUGUCCUCGGCGUCUGGUCGAGUCGAGGCGACUAGGAUCAGCCGCGUCGGCUACCGGAGUCUGAGCUGGAUGCUACGGACAGUGGAUGUGCUCAUCCUGCUCACUCUCGCUGUCUCUGGCCUAGGACUGCGACCGACGUUAUCUGCAUCUACCCCGACACGGACAGGGAAGAGGACGGUAAGGCUACGGAGGCAGGGAUUCCCCUCCCUCGCGUGGAAAUACCAGCCGGAAUGGACAGAUCACCCUCGCACACAAACUAGACUCGUCCAGAAGGUCGAAAAGAACAGCACCCCACCGGCGAGCUUCGACGUCUUUCCAGAAUGGACGGGCGAUCGGAACGAGGCGCAGAGUUGA